AUGGCAGCCAAUCUCGGGGAGAGAUCGCUAGCCGAUGUACACCAAGAGGGAUUAGAUGAGAUACUUUCCGCACUGGCCCAUUUAUAUCCGGGUCAUUCAAAUCAUGAAACAUAUUCAUUGGGCGUGCCAAUUCUGGACGCUUUGCUUGAAGUAUUUGCGCCGAAACCACUUGCUGUGUCAGGUGCUGUGAAGGAUGGACAGCCUCAGUAUCCAAAUGAGUCUGCAGAACGGAAGAAAGGCGAGGGAAUGCUUCUGCACAGUGAAGACCCGGAUGGGCUGGAUGAGAUACAUGCAGUGCAAGACCCAAAAAAUAGCAAGAAUCAGCAGAAUCCCAUCGUGGAGAUUGCAAGCAGCUUGUCGGCUUCGGGGAAGUCUCAACUACUUUACUAUCUCACGGCUCUGGCUAUCUUACCACGAAAAUUUGGGGACAUCUCAGUCAGUGGCCGAGAGGCAGCUGUGGUGUUCAUAGAUACCGACAACCGGUUCGAUGCCGAAAGACUAAGAACUGUAGCUCGAGGUAUACUGCAGCAUCGAGGACUGUCUGCUCAACCGGGAGAAACCGCAGAUCAUCUCGAAUCAUUGCUCGUCUCUUCACUACAGCAUGUCCAUGUCUUUCGUCCGCAAUCUUCAUCCGCCCUUUUAGCCACCAUCCACACCCUAGACUCGUACCUUUUCGACCUCUCGCGACAUCGUUCUGCAUCACGUCCCUUACAAAUGAUCGCCAUCGACAGUGUCACCGCGUUCUUCUGGCAAGACCGGCUGCGGGACGAAGUCGCUCGGAUUGAAGAGAUCGGGCGUCCUCAACCAGAAAUUGAUUCUGAUCGAGAGCAGAAAAACAGGUUCCAUUUGUCCGACCUCUAUACCGAGGUGGUGAGGGAGCUGAAGGGUAUACAGAGUCAGUUCCAGUGUGCAAUUGUGUAUACCGCAACGGUCUCAGGGGGUCGAGCUUCUGGCCUUGGUCCAUACGACCACUCCCAGGCUCGUGUUCCAUCGCUGAGACCUGCUCUCCCUGCACCCUGGGGCACUUUCCCAACAUUGCGUCUGAUUGUCCACCGGUCGUCUGUUCGCCCUUUUCCACCGAGCAUGGCCACUCAUGCAGCAGUGAAGGAUGCCUCUUCACGGCAGAGUGUGGUUCAGCAAGGCAAGAUAUCGGCAUGCGUCAAUGCAUGGGGACGUGGUGAAUGGCCCCGUCGCAUAGUUGAAGCAAUUGAGGCGAACAGUGGUGGUAGCUUUUCAUUUUACAUACGUGACUCGGGUGUUGAGAUGACUGAUCCUCAUCAUUGA